GAGAGAAUGUCCCUCGCUCAUAGUAACAGCUAAGACUGCGGGAGGAUAACACGCUUCGAAGAUCGGCAAGUAGCUGUACCUAAAACAGAAUACGAUGGAAUCGCAAAUCACACCACCGCACCAAAUUGUUGCAGAAGAAAAAGAACCUCGGGUGGAACGUCAUUUACGACUAGCAAAGCAGGUAGCGAUGCUGCAGAUAAUAACCCUGGGUAAUGUAGCCGCCGGUUCAGCUAUCAGCUGGCCCUCCCCUGCUUUGUCCGCUCUCGAAAAGGACAAUUCUACCCUUGUUGGCACAGUGUUGGUCCUCACUACAGCCGAAAAGGACCUAGUAGGUAGUCUGACGUUUAUGGGUGCGAUACUUGGGACGCUAAAUGCAGGAUGGAUGUUGAGCAAAUUCGGGCGUCGCCAGUCGCUGCAGCUGAUGGGCUUGCCCUGCAUAGCAGGUUGGAUGGUUUUGGGGCUUGCCCCAAACACCAUCCUUUUCUUUACUGGCAGGUUGCUUCAAGGAAUUGUCUUGGGAUCUAUGAAUAAUAUUGGAUACGUCUAUAUAGUGGAGUCAUCAGAUACCAAUAUUCGGGGCAUGAUGGCACUUCUAUCCUCCUUGGGCAUUUCGCUGGGCAAUUUGUACACCGUUGCCGUCGGUUACGCCCUUCCCUGGUACUACCUCUGCUUCGUGUGUGCCAUUAAUGCUGUAAUGUUUACUGUGGUUACCUUCAUUCUACCCGAGUCGCCAUCGUACCUCGUGAUCCAGGGAAGGCGCCAGGAUGCCCUCUCUGUCCUAAGGAGCUUGAGGGGCAAGUAUGCUGACAUCGAAGCUGAAGUGAGAGAGCUGGAGUAUAUGAACUCCAGUAGCAGAAGUGGGUGGAAAGGUCUCCUGAACAAGGACACUCUGCAUCGAAUAACUGCUGUAGCAACAUGUUUUCUCUUGAGCCAGAUGAGUGGCAACUAUGUCAUGCUAGUAUUUACAGCUCGAAUUCUGGAGAACACAGGAGCAUUCAUGGACCCGAACGCCAUCACAGCCAUUGCUGGAGUCCCACGAGUGGCAGGAACCAUAGCAGCGUGCUUUCUGAUGGACAGGGUGGGACGACGUUACUCUCUCCUUGUUUCACACGCUAUCAACGCAGUGUGCAUGAUCAUCCUUGGCAGUUACGUUUAUUUGGCUGAAGCUGCAACCCAAAAUGACGAUAUUUUCUCCAAGUUCUCAUGGGUGCCGAUGGUGUGCGUGAUGAUAUCCUUCUUGGCUUGGACCCUAGGAGUCCAAACUGUACCUCCCAUUAUUUCAUCGGAGUAUUUUCCUACCAACAUCCGUGGUCAGGCGUCAUCGAUAUGCUUGACCAUGGGCAACGUCAUCAUCUUUGCGAUGCUGCAGCUCUACUCGCCCAUGCUAGCUCUCCUCAGCCAGCCUGGGCUCUUCUUGUUCUACGGUUGUUCCAGUAUCCUGGGUGUCUUCUUUGCUCUAUUUAUGGUAGAAACAAGGGGCAAGGCCAUUGGAUGAGACAGGACCGGACGUAUGAAAAUAUCACCAUCACACUGUUCCAAGGCUAUCAAAAGUCAUAACAUCACAACCAAUCCAAAUGUUUUUAACCACAUUAACAAUUGCAUAAUUUUAAUAUUCUCAUUAUCAAGCUCGUAUCUGUAAUAUCCUACUGAGACUAACUUUACUAAUCUGAUCUCCACCUUAUUUGGAACUCAGAAUUCAUUUUCAAUAAAAUACUCCAAAAUUUC